UCGGGUCUUUAGGGCAGGGCUCGCCUUUGCUCUUCCCUGUCUGUGCAGCGCCCCUGAGCCCCAAGCGAGCCAGACGCGGAUAGCCAUGGCUUCCAGUCCCGACCCGCCGUCCCCGCUACUCGUACGGUUACGGGAGUCCAUCCCCAAGGCGCACAGGAAGCUCGAGAUAUACUUCCAGAGCCGGGCCUCGGGAGGCGGGGAGUGCUCGGUCCAGCCCGUGGGCCCCAGCGCCCCGGACACCUACGAGGUGAAGUUCCUAGAAAGAGCAGAUAAGGAGAAGGUGUUAGAAAAGAGCGAACACGAGAUGUUGGUGGAUAACAAACCUGUGACCAUUGUCCUGGAAACUACUAAAAAGCCAGUAGAGGACCUGAGACCCAGACUUCCAUCCUUGACACAGCCAGCUGAGACAACACACUCCAGAUCUCCGUCCUUGACGGAGUCUCUGGAUGAAGCUCUGUGUGAUGAGAUACAGCCCCAAGACAGGCUCGUUUCUAACUCUGUUGACUCAGUUGUCCAAAAGGUCUUUCUUGCUGUGACCGCUGAGCUGAACUGUGACCUGCUCUCUAAAGAGCAGAGAGCAUCUAUAACCACUGUCUGCCCUCACGUCAAAAGCAUGGAGGGUAGUGACGGAAUUAAGAAGGUGUGUGGCAACUUCAAAGAUAUUGAAAAGAUCCAUCACUUCUUGAGUGAGCAGCUUUUGCAAAGUGAGCAGAAUUGGAAGGGAAGUGAGCAGAAACGGAAGUGCGCCUCACAGAAAUACACACCUCCCGAGGUGGAGCGGGAGCCCCCUGAUCAGAGCAGUUUUGAAGUUCCUGUGCUUCUCUUUGAAUAUUUCGAGCAUGUUUAUCCGGGUAGACUAGGAUUCAUAGAGAAAAAAUUUGGUGUAAACAUUAAAACCCAACAUAGUUCUCCCAAUACGGUCGCUGUAGGCUUCACUUCCAGCCAAUCAGGCUGCUUAGAAGAAGCGAGUCAGUCUUUUGUCAGGGACUUUCAGAAAUGCACGCAGUCUCUGAAGCAGGAUUGUAUCUCUUUAGAGGAGCACCAGAGAGCAACGGAGGUCAGACAGGAGCUGAAUCGCUGCUUCCCAAAGCUCUUGAUAAAGGGACAGGGAAGAACGCUGACUCUCCUCGGCUCUCCUGCUGACGUCUCAGCCGCCACAGAAAAAGUCUCCCAAGCUCUUGUCCUGACUCCUGUGAAAAUAGCCGCAUCUGGGUACAUGACGGGCAUCGAGGUCGAUUCGACGCGCUUUAAGCUUCUAGAACCUGAACUGCUCCAAGAAAUCUCAGAGAUCGAGCAGAAGUUUAACACGUGUGGCAAAGUCCAGGAAAAAGGCCAGACAACCUGCAUUCUCUUUGUCCCCAAGGAUAAAGACUUAGACCUGUCUGUGCAGUCUUACACGGGUUUUACUGAUGCCUUCCAGCAUGCCACGUGGCAGCUAAGGACAGAAGUUCUGUCCCUGAAACGGUUGGGCAAGGAGAGAGCUCGCUUACUCAAUACUAAGUUUGCCGACAACUUUAAAAAAGAGCACCCGAAUGUGCACAUUGUGACAUCUCAGGAUUCAGUGACCUUAACUGGUUUGCCGCAUCACCUUGAGCAGGCAAUGAAGUAUGUCUCCAAAAGAAUGGGACUGCCCCCAUCAUCCGGAGAGAAACUGGUUAUGGAUCAGGAAACCCCCAUGGAGAUCAACAGUAGUGACUCGAAUGCGGCCUUACCCGCUCCCGGAGGCUCUGCUGGCAGCCCUGCAGCUUCGAAGGGGACCGAGGACUACUGUGUCAUCUGCAUGGAUACCAUCAGCAACAAGCAUGUGCUCCCUAAGUGCAAGCAUGAAUUCUGCGCCUCGUGUAUCAGCAAAGCCAUGCUUAUCAAGCCUGUCUGUCCUGUGUGUCUGACUUCCUACGGCAUCCAGAAAGGGAACCAGCCAGAGGGAACUAUGUCUUACUCCACUCAGAAAGAGUCACUUCCGGGUUAUGAAGGCUGUGGUACCAUUGUGAUUCAUUAUGAUAUAAAAGAUGGCAUCCAAACAAAAGAACACCCAAACCCAGGAAAGGCUUAUCAUGGAACACGGCGAACUGCAUACUUGCCUGAUAAUACUGAGGGAAGAAAGGUUUUGGAUCUGCUCCACGAAGCUUUUAAACACAGACUGACUUUCACAAUAGGAUACUCUCGAGCAACAGGAGUCUCAGAUGUCAUUACAUGGAAUGAUAUUCAUCACAAAACAGCCAAGUUUGGAGGACCAGCAAAUUUUGGCUACCCUGAUCCUGAUUACCUAAAACGUGUCAAGGAGGAGCUGAAAGCAAAAGGCAUUGAGUAAGGAAACUGCAGGGAAGAUGUCUGUCCACUCCCCAAAGACGUGUGUCAGGAGGCUGGAUAGCACAGACCAAAAUCUGUUUCUAGAACAACUUCAUAACAUUUUUCACGUUAAGUAGUCUGCUUGUCAGACAUUUCUAGAGUGCCACUCUUUCAUGGAAGGCAAACUCUACAGGCACAGGCUGGGGGAAAUGGCUCUGUCUACAAAGCAUGAAGAAAUGAGUUCAGAUCUGCAAUCAUCCAUGGAAAAGCCUGGUGUGUUGGCAUGCACUUGUAGUCUUAGCACUGGUGAGUGGAGACAGGAGGAUACCUGGAACUUACUGGCCAGCUAGCCUAGUCAAAACCAUGAGCUCCAGGUUCACUGAGAGAUCUUAGCUCAAGAAAUAAGGUGGAUUGGGGCAUGGUGAUGCUUGCCUUUACUGUCAGAACUUGGAAGGCAGAAGCGGGCAAUCUCUGUGAGUCCCAGACCUUACCUUGUCCAAGUCCCAGGACAGCCAGCUAUACAUAGUGAGACCUUGUCUCAAAACAAAUAUUAGGUAGAAAUAGAUAUCUAACAUCAUCCUCUGUCCUGCAUACACACCUCCACAAACACACACACACACACACACACACACACACACACACACACACACACACGGGAAAACUUUAUGGUUUUAUAGGAUUUCAAUUUUGCUGAAGAAAUCUAAUGUCAUCCAUGUACUAUGGUUGGGGUGUUAGGUGAGUCUGUAAUCAUCUUCUAUGUCCUUACUUGAGCCUUUGUCAAUAAUAGAACCUUCCCUGGUUUUUGUUUGUUUUGUUUAUUUGAGACAGGGUCUCACUGCAUAGCUCUGGAACUCGAUUUGUGGACCAGCUUGGUCUUGAACUUAGAUCUGCCUGUAUCAGUCUCCUGAGUGCUGGCA